AAACAUCGUCACUGACUAACUGACUCAGUCAAGGAUGGAGGAAUUGGCACGCAAGCUACUCGAAGAAGGGAUACAAAAGAAGCUGGUUAGCCCCGGUAGAGGAGAACUAUCGGCGUUUCCCGAUGGGACCAAGGUGGUCUUCCACUACCGCACCAGCCAGUGUGAUGGCACGGUGCUGGACGACUCCAGAAAAAUGGGAGGCCACUGCAAACCCAUGGAGCUCAUCCUGGGCAAGAAGUUCAAGCUGGCUGUGUGGGAGAGGGUAGUCAUCACCAUGAGGGAAGGCGAGAUUGCAGAUUUUACCUGCGACCCAAAGCACACAGCACUGUACCCACUGGUGUCCCAGUCCCUGAGGAACAUCAGUGUGGGAAAAGACCCCCUUGAGGGCCAGAGGCACUGCUGUGGCAUCGCCCAAAUCCACUCCCAUCACUCUCUGGGGCACCAGGACUUGGACCAUCUCCAGGCCAAUCCACAGCCUCUCAUUUUCACCAUAGAGCUGCUAGAGGUGCUACCUCCUGGCUCCUUCCAGCUUGACAUGUGGGCCAUGACAGACAAAGAGAAGCUCGAGUUGGUGCCUCAGAUCCAUGAAGAGGGAAACACCCUUUUCAAACAGGGACAGAUAAAACAGGCCACAGAGAAGUACUACAAUGGCAUUGCCUGCCUAAAAAAUCUACAGAUGAAGGAGCAUCCUGGAGAUGAGGCAUGGAUCAAGCUGGAUCACAUGAUCACGCCCCUCCUUCUUAACUACUGCCAGUGCCAGUUACUUCAGGGCCAGUACUACGAAGUCAUCAAGCACUGCUCAUCCUUGCUCUUCAAAUAUGAUGACAAUGUGAAGGCCUUAUACAAGCGAGGUAAGGCCCAUGCAGCAGUGUGGAAUGAGACAGAGGCACGAGCUGACUUUGCCAAGGUGGUGGAGCUGGACCCAACGCUGGCGCCCUCUGUGGCCAAGGAGCUGCGGGCCAUGGAGGAGAAAAUCAGGGCCAAGGAAAAGGAGGAGAAGGGUCGCUAUAAAGGCCUGUUCAACAACGACAGGCCACCAGCCACCGCCACUACAGGCUGAAUCUCAUGGAGUUGGAACAAGAGGAUGCUUGUGACUGUGAAUUUCAAGAUGGAGGAGAAGCAGUAGACACUGCUGACAUGUCUAGUUUUAUCAGUGCACCAAAGCCAUACACUUUCCCCCCCACCACACUGUUAUCCAUGCCACACAUUCACACAGUCAUGUCAUACAUAUACACUUAAUUGACCCCUCACUGUACUGAUAUUAUCGAGGUGCGAUUUACCCAAGGCAUGAGGAAGACAUUCCUGCCUUAUGAUUUUUUAUCUCCCGUCCUUUAUAUAGAAAAUCUCGCCUCUGUUGCAGAUUGCUUCUGGACAUUGUCAGCUUGACGUUAUGAAAGCCCACUGUCAUACAAAAAUCUUCCUAGCUGUGGAGGGUUUUUUUUUUUUUUUUUUUUUUUUGGUUUUUACUUGCCAGCAGCAGUAGUUAUUUUUUUUUUUUUUUUUUUUGUUUUUGUUUUUUUUGCCUAACCUGUUGUAGUUUCAGUAAUCUUGAUAUUCCUGUUAGCCCUGUAAAUAACUUGCUCACAUGAAGUGGCUGUCUACAAUAUGUCACCCUUGACACCUUUUGCAAAAUUGUCACAGAAGGAGAAUUUUAUACUGGAAUCUGCAUUGUAGGUUAUGCAGUGUCAAUAGCAAAAGCAAAGUUGCUACAGUAUUAAAUUCACAUAGAUUGAGGCGGCGUUUGCUACUUGCUUUCUCUCAACUAUGUACAGAGCUGUUGUGUAAUGUUAAGUUCAUUGUUUAACUGUAGGCAAACCAGGAAUGAUUGCAAGGUAUUGCAGCAGGAAAUCCACCCCUCUAAUUUUACAAAUAUUUUGUCCUUUUUUUCCUCCCAAAUUGCACCAUGGACAUUGUACACACAGAUGCAUAUCUCUGCCUUGCACCGCUAAAGCCCCUUUUACAUAUUGGUCACAUAGUGGAAGCAGUGGAAUAAGCAGGAGACCCAUUCUCCUCUGGUAGGUGGGGCUGGAAAAAGUUGUGACAAUCAUUAAAUAUGACACAUGGAGUAGUGUUAUUAGUGUUAUCGUCAUCACACAUACUUUUGUCUUGUUUAUAUAUAUACACCAUACUCAAAUUUUAUUCUUUGCAAUUAUGUUUUGUCAAUAUUUACUCAGCAAAAUCCUCAGUAUCUCCCUUGCUUAACUUUUUUUUUUUAUUGUAAAGACAAACGUGUCUCCCUUCAUGAGCAGAACUGGGUCAUUAAACCACCCUGUUAAAAUGAGGUGAGGUGCAACUGAGGCUGUGCAUAUGUAUAACUGAUAAUAAAUGUUUAAUCUCUUUUUUUCCACAUCAAGUUCUUGUAGUCACUGCAGACACUGAAGGAAAUAAAAGCCCAUCGGUUAUCUUGA